CAUCAUGUUGAAUGACAACCGCCAAUAAAAAUUUAAGAAGAAGAAGAAGAAGGAUGAUGAUCAGGCAUCAUCAAUCGCUCAUGAGUUAUGACGUCAUCGCUCGGGAUAACAUGGCGGAUACGAGUACAAAACAAAGCGGACAGAAAAGUGUGAAGAUCGCAGCAGGUGCUGUGGUGUGUGUGGAGAGUGAAAUCAGAGGAGAUGUCACAAUCGGAGCAAGAACUGUCGUUCACCCGAAAGCUCGCAUCAUAGCGGAGGCUGGACCCAUUGUGAUUGGAGAAGGAAAUCUAAUCGAGGAGCAGGCAUUGAUCAUCAAUAGCUAUCCUGAAAACAUCCUCCCCGACAGCGAUACUGUGGAACCCAAACCCAUGACCAUUGGUAUCAAUAAUGUCUUUGAAGUUGGCUCUGUGUCUCAGGCAUUGAAAAUUGGGGACAACAACGUAAUUGAAUCAAAAGCUGAAGUUGGCAGGAACGUGAUGCUCACCAGUGGCUGUAUUGUGGGCUCAUGCUGUCAAGUGAACACAUGUGAAGUGAUACCAGAGAACACUGUGAUCUACGGCACGGAGUGUCUGAGACGUGUUCAGACCGAGAGACCGCAGCCUCAGACGCUGCAGUUGGAUUUCCUGAUGAAGAUUUUACCCAAUUAUCAUCAUCUCAAGAAAACUGUAAAAGGAAAUUCCACUCCGUCCAGAAGCUGAGAAAAUGACAUGCAAAGAAAUCUAAAAAGUACAAAUGUAAUGAUUUUGCUUGUAGCUUAUUCUCUAUUGCAUUUAAGUUUGUUUUUGCUUUGUAGGUUGACCUGUAACUUAUUGAUAACAAAUUCUAAAUAUUUUAAAAUAUCUUAUCAAAUUGUUUUUGUUGUUUUUGGCAGUGGCCUAUGACAAAUAAAACGUUAACUUGAUCAAACUUUUCAGUUAAAUGUGAAAAUGUGAUAUAGGCAACUUAAAUGUUGAUGUUCACAGUUGAGUUUGAGUUUUAUUAAAACACCGCUGAGCUUUUCACAAAUGUUUUAAUUGGGUUAGGUUAGAUUGAAUGCAACACUACAAAUAGCACCAAAGCAUCAAUUGAAAUGCAGCGGUAUGUUUGCUAAAUCUUUCUUUUGCUUUAUUUAUGUUGCACAUUUUUUACAACCAGGGGUUGCCAAAGUGCUGACAUUUCAGUAAACAACAAUCUUUUUUUUUAAGUCACAACAGAAAGAAAAAUAAGUUCACAACCACUUAUUGGGUCAUUGGUCUAAGAGGUGGGAUUUAAGCAUUACAAUUUUAACCUAGCAACAUAAAGGCUUGCAAACCGAAAGUUGCCGGUUCGUAUUUCACGGCGGCCAGGUUGCUUCUGGUGCUUUAAUCCCAAUUGUUCCCAGGCCACUGCAGGGAUUGUGUAUGGGCAUCGGAAGCAAACUAAAUGUGGGUGGGUCUUCACUUCUCACUGUUAUGGGAUAAAUGGAAAGGUAAAUGGAGAUUUGCUAUUUGCCAUACAAUUUACAAUGUAUCCCAGUCCUGCGGCAGGACAAACCGUCCCAGCUGAAUGUGCCUGAAUCCAUUUGGGAAAACAUUUAUUUGCUUCCAAGACCAUCAACAAUGGUUUACUUCAAGGCUGUGUUCUUUCUCCACUCCUCUUUUUUCCUGUAAACAAACCGCUGCACCUCCAUUCACCAACCUGUCAAACUAGUGAAGUUGCAGAUGACACCAUGCUCAUUGGGCUUAUCUCUGAAGGGGACUAGUCUGCCUAUAGGUGGGUGACUAUUCAUGUGAUCUGGGACUUAUAAAACAAAGCAAUGUUCCCUUUAUAAGUCUUAAUAUUUUUUACCAUAUGCUUUUUUAAAUUUAAUGCGUACGCAGACUUUUAGUAAGGAUCCUACGCACAGUUUUAUAAAUGAGACAUCUGGUGAACUGGUUCAGUCAGAACAACCUGGUGCUCAAUGCUGUAAAAACAGUGGAGAUGGUAGUUGAGGUCAGAAAGGACUGCAGCAUUUUUUACGCAGCAUUUUAUAAACUAAAAAAAAGCACAUCAGAGGUUGAAUUUCCUGGGGCAGCUAAAGAAAUUCAACCUCCCAAAGACCAUGAUAGUUAACUAAUAUACCUCUAUCAAGUCUCCUCCGCCAACAUCAAUAACUGUGUAAUAUUAUACUUUGAACAUCAUCCAUGCACAUAGUCUCUACACACUGUCAUUUACAUUUAGUCAUUGUGCUUAUGCACACUUUAUAAAUGAAGACCAUCAGGCCUAACAUAGCAUAUAUAGCUAAGUUUUUCUUAAGCAUUUUCACUGUUAGCAGGGUUCAAAAUGAGGGGAUCUGGGGGGUCCCGGACCUCCGUAAAGCACAAUA